AUUUAACCGAGGCGCGGUUCAUGGCGUUGGUGGAUGAUUGUGUUUGUAUUGGUGCUGUUGCCUUUUAAUUUGGUUUUAGUGAACGAUUGGAAACUGCGGAGUUCACGUGUUUGUGCACAAUUUUCUGUCCAUAAUUGAAAUUCCCUAUUCCUCCGUACAGUUGAGUGGUUUGUGAGACUACUAAUUAAGAGUCAGCAAGCCCGGGUUCCAGAGAAGAUGAAUGGACAAGAGAGAAAUAAUACCAAAGUGUUUCUUGCAAAACCUUCAGGAGAAAAUCUCUCAUCUGGAGAAAGUUCAAAUUUGGUGCCUACCACUGAAGGAAUGACAGACUUUCCAGAUUACUUCAAUCAAUUUGAUCUAUUAGAGACACAUAGACAUCUGAUACCUAUGGGGACACAAAGCAUGUGGCCUGGAGAAUCAGAGGAGGAAGAUGAGACUGAAAGUGAUUCGGAUUUUAAAAAGAAAGAGAUGGACUUGGAAAAUGAUCCAGCAAGUCUGUUACUCUGGGCAUCUCAGAAAAAUCAGGUUUCAAUAGUGAGCAGACUUCUCUCUGAAAAUCCCAGUCUGGUGAAUGUUAAAGAUGAUGACGACUACACACCACUACAUAGGGCUGCCUAUAGUGAUCAUAUAGAGGUGGUUCGUGAGCUGAUAGCUCAUGGAGCUGAUGUGCAUGCUCGCACUAUCGAUGGCUGGACACCUUUGCACAGUGCUUGUAAAUGGAACAAUGCAACAAUAGCCUCGUUUCUUCUACAGCAUGAUGCAGAUAUCAAUGCCCAAACAAAUGGUUUGCAGACUGCAUUGCAUCUUGCUUCAGGAAGUAAAGACACAAAGGAAACAAUUGAAUUGUUGUUAAUGAAUCGCUAUCUCAAUUCAGACCUAAAAAAUAACUUGGGUGAGACAGCGUAUGAUGUUGCACGGAGAACGAGUAUUUACUAUUGCCUCUUUGAAAUUACAGAACACUGCACAAAUUCUGUACCUGAGCCUCAAUGAUCUAGUUUAAUGUAGAUUUGUAAGUUGUAUCAUUCACCUGAACAUCAGAACAGAUGUCUAUUAAUGGCCAAGAAACCUAUUUGAUUCAGAAAUUAGGAUCUAUUUUGAAGCUUGAAGCAGUGUUUGUUUUUUUAUAUUUAUACUAAUGUGUUAUCACUUUAGAAAGUGUCUUUGCAGUGUAAGAAUGCAAAUGUCCUCUUUCAAUGUUUGCAUCCCCUUUGUGAUGGGUUGAGAAAACUGCAACUGGUUGUCUUGAGACACUAAGCUGAAAUCCUGUUUGCUGUUUCAGGUGGACAUGAAGCAUCACAUCACUAUCUCCGUAAGAGAGCGCUACUGUAUUCAACAUGACUGUAUUAUCUGGUCAUAGUCACAUUGCUGUUUUAAAGGAUUGUAAUGUGCAUAAAA